ACACUCCUGUCAAGUGACAAAAUAACUUUGUAAAAGAGGUAAAGCAGCAGUAGGACUGUGUGCUAUGGUAGGUUUAACAUUUUAGUUCCAUGUCUCUUCACUUUCGUUCUCCAAAGUGAACGAUCUGACGGAGGUUUCUGAAAAUGAGCAUCACAGUGGUUGACUUUGGAUGUUAUGGACUACAAAUCAAUAAGGCUGAGGACGUGGAACUGGGGAUCCUUGCUAAACAAAUCACAAGUGCAUUAAGUGACAUUGGAUUUGUAUACCUGAUAAACACUGGCAUCCAAAACAGUGAGGUGCUUAGUGUAAUGGACAUCAGCAGAAAAUUCUUCGCACUCCCACAAGCCGUGAAGGAGCAGUUCUCUCGCUCAUUUGAUUCAAAGCACUUGAAUCAUGGCUGGGUUGCCAUAGGCUCAGAAAGGUUAAAUACAUCACGGCCUGGAGAUCUGAAAGAGGCAUUCAAUGUUGAAGCACUGUCCCUAGAAAUAAAGUGGCCUCCAAAUUCACUUGUUAAUGAGUUCCAAACUACCCUAGAAGGUUUCUUCAGGCAUUGUGAACAACUUUCUCUCCGUAUACUGAACAUAAUUGCUUUGGGCCUGGGACUGAAUGCCAGUGACUUUGUUAGCCAGCAUAAACUGAUGAGUACAAAUAAAAAUAUGACCACUCUCAGAUCUUUGUAUUAUCCACCCAUUGACAAAUCUACAGUGAAGAAGGGCCAGACACGGUGUGGAGAGCAUUCUGACUAUGGGACAAUUACCUUACUGUUUCAAGAUUCCUCUGGAGGGUUAGAGGUAAUGCACAGAACUGGAGAAUAUAUUUACAGUCCACCAAUUCCAGGAGCAGUUCUUGUUAAUAUUGGAGAUCUGAUGCAAAGAUGGACGUCUGAUCUUCUAAUCUCAACAAAACACAGAGUAAUGCUGCCCUCUGAUGACAAGAAUAUUAUCCGUCAGUCUGUCGCAUUCUUUGUACAUCCAGAUGAUGACACCGUGAUUACCAGCUGUGAUGGUUCAAAUAAGUAUCCUCCAAUUACAGCAAAGAACUAUGUGUUAGAACGAUUUAAUGAUACCUACAAUUAGUAGAAAGAAAUAUGAUUUAUAAGGGAUUCUGUAAUGAAAUGCAAUAUGUGGUAGUAUGUAAAACAAGAAGUAAACUGUGAUGUGAUUUCAUGUCUGUUUUACUCAAACAUAGUGAUGCAACAGCUAAAUUAGAAAAUAAAAUUUUUGAUCUGAAUGUUAAAAUAAUUUCAGAUAAUACUUUUCCUGACAGAAUAUGAUAACGUCUUUUAAGUACUUGUCAAUUUUAAAAUCAGUUUGAAAAUAGGAAGAUGAAAUUACAUAGGGACAUCAGCAUACGAUAACAGUAAUGCAUAUUCUGUCCCAGCUUCUAACUACAACAAUGAUAAAAGAACAGACAGGCUAGUGGUAUAGCAUCUGUUGAGCCAAUCAGCAAUGAAAGGGGGGGUUUCUAAUGCAGAUGAUUUUUUUGGGGGAUAUAGAACCAGUAUGUAUAACAGGGUCUAUAUCAAAAUCAUGAAAGAUGGAAACCGCAAAUACGUCGACACAUAAAGAGCAAACCACCUAGUGAGCGAAAACCAAAACAUCGAAUGGAUUUCCCUAACCAACAGUGCCAUGCAGGUAUACCUAAAAUAAGUACAAAAAAGUAACAUAACACACUUUUGCAGGGGGGCAAGCCCCCUGCACCCCCCAUGUGGAGGGCUGCGCUCUCCUCCCCACCCUGCUUAAAGAUACCAACUCCAAGACUGCACUAGAGUGGGGGAAAGGGUAUAUUCUCUUAUCCCCAGAAUCACACUACUGGCCAAACUAAUCUGUUUGAUGUUUUGCUUUUCGUUCAAUAGGUGGUUUGCUCUUCUGGUAGUUUGCUUUUUAUGUGUCGAUGUAUUUGCGGUUUCCGUCUUUCGUGAUUUUAAUAUAGACCCAAAAUAAUACCGCAGAAAAGUUCAGACAUCAACACAGAAAAACACUUAGUCUAAUCUUCCUAAUUCCUAGUUAUUUCUA